AUGUCAUCUGUGGCAGGAACACCACCCCCGCAGGCUAGAAAGACCCCUACAAGAGGGAAGAAGAACUCGGAUCCUUUACACGCGAUGAAAGAACAGACAACCAUGACCGGACAUAUCCCAAUGGGCAACGAGACAGCACCUUACGGUACCCCAACACCGCCAGCUACGCCGCCGCAAUCAGCCAAAUCGACAUCGAUAAAAAGAAGAGUUGAAGCCGCUGGCUCCCAAGCGUCACUUACUCCUGCCAUUUUGCAUGCCUCGAGCGAGACUCUGCAGCAUUCAAGGCCCCCUUUACCCCAGGAAACACAGUCAGCACCAAUCGUCUUACAGCACAACACGAACAAAAGCUCUGAUGGAAAGGCUCCUGGAAAUUCAUCGCCGUACCAAAUUGACGCCAGUAUAGGAGAUCUUCUCAAGUCUCCCACUACAGGCAGAGGAUCAUCAGAUGCCGGGAAAGUGGGACACAUUUAUGUAUGUCCUGUCGUCAAUUGCGGCCACCACAAGCUUCUGUUCAAGAUCGGGAUAGCUAGCAACUCUGUUCAAGCGCGUUUGAACGAUAUCAGCAAACUGUGCGAAAGAGGAAAGCUGGAGCCUCUCAACGCCCACCAACGACCUAUCCGGCAAUACAAGCGGGCAGAGAGGCUGAUCCAUGCCGAGCUUCGAAACUUCAGGGCCGAAUUUGAGUGCAACUGCGGUUCCGACCACAGGGAAUACUUCGAUAUCGACAAGCACGUCGCACUCGAGGUGACUCAUCGCUGGGCUGUUCUUUGCGAAGCAAACCCGUGGGACCGGAACCACAAGUUACAAAGCUACUGGGAGCACCGCUUGAACAGGCGGUCACAGUGCGACGAGACCGAAACCGUGCAUGAUCACGAGCAGCGGGCGAAACGCUGGAGAGAAUUCAUCAAUCCAAAGCCCUGGGAUAUAGCUGUCUACAAUGUCGUUUCGGCAGCGACGUCAUUCAUGCCAUGGAGGUGGCAUUGGGUGGCCCUGCUGCAGGGCCUUUAUCUGUCCUAUGUAACGUUCCCGGACCCCGUCUCCGUCCUGUCCUUAGUUGCCUUGGUCGUGUGGAUGACCAUGGAGAGGGAUCUCAAGGGAACACCUUUUUUCUGGGAAACUACCAGGACCAUUGACGAAAACUUGUUUCCAACUCCCAAAGCCAAACGCACGUCAGCUGAUGCUACAAGCAACGACAAGGAGGAGGAGGAACUCCAGCGUGAUCCGGUCGAAGAGACUCGAGAUCACGAUGCUGAGAUGCGAGAUCACGAUACUGAGAUGCGAGAUGCAGAAUCAUCAGACACAUCAGAGAUUCAGGUGACCACGCCGAGUCGCAAACGCUCUCAGCAACCUUCUUGA